GCCCCUCGACUUCCAGCACCGUUUCCGCUUCCUCCGGAAACCAGGAGGAGCACCUCUCUCCGCGCGGCUCGAUGGUGGCGCGGUAGCCUACGGGUAGUCUGGGAUCCUUUCGCAAAGGAGCUGGACCGUGAAACUUGUUUGGAGGUUAUGGAUGAUAAGCCCAGUCCUGGAACCCUAAAUGAGAAUUCAGAAUUUCUCUUCUCCUUUGGAGUUAUAGCAGAUAUUCAAUAUGCUAAUUUAGAAGAUGGCUAUAAUUACCAAGGAAACAGACGGAGAUACUACAGACAUAGUCUUCUUCACUUACAGGGUGCUAUUGAACACUGGAAUAAAGAACGCAUCCUACCCUGUUGUGUACUUCAGCUUGGAGAUAUCAUCGAUGGAUAUAAUGCACAGUAUAAAGCAUCAGAAAAGUCACUAGAACUUGUUAUGAACGUGUUUCAAAUGCUUAAAGUCCCAGUUCAUCAUACGUGGGGAAAUCAUGAAUUCUAUAACUUCAGCAGAGACUAUUUAACGAACUCUAAACUGAACACAAAGUAUCUAGAAGACCAGAUUGUACAUCAUCCUGAGACUGUGACUUCAGGGAAUUACUAUGCUUAUCAUUUUGUACCAUUCCCUAAAUUCCGGUUCAUUUUACUCGAUGCUUAUGACUUGAGUGUCUUGGGCGUGGAUCAGUCUUCUCCAAAAUACCAGCAGUGUCUGAAGAUGCUGAGGGAGCACAAUCCAAAUUUGGAAUUGAAUAGUCCUCAAGGACUUUCUGAGCCUCAGUUUGUCCAGUUUAAUGGAGGAUUCAGCCAAGAACAGCUGAACUGGUUGAAUGAAGUCCUUACAUUCUCUGACACAAACCAAGAAAAGGUGGUAAUAGUGAGCCAUCUUCCCAUUUAUCCAGAGGCCUCUGACAGUGUGUGCCUGGCCUGGAAUUACAGAGACGCCCUCACAGUCAUAUGGGCUCAUGAGUGUGUGGUGUGUUUCUUUGCUGGUCACACUCACGAUGGUGGCUACUCUGAGGAUCCUUUUGGUGUGCACCACAUCAAUCUAGAAGGGGUUAUUGAAACAGCUCCGGACAGCCAGGCUUUUGGCACAGUGUAUGUCUAUCCUGACAAAAUGAUGUUGAAAGGGAGAGGCAGAGUUCCAGACAGAAUUAUGAAUUACAAGAAGGAAAAAGCUUUCCAUUUUUAGUCUGAUUUAUUUUAUCUUUAUAUAAAGAGGAUGAUUUAGCCUUGUUUUGUUCCCCUACCUCACCCCCAAAUCCUCAGUCUCAUUGCGUAGUAUUGUAAUUGCAUAACAAAAUAUAUUUAUGGCUUCAGUGUGUGUUGGCUUAUAAGACAUUCUGAAAUGUCAUUUUCGUAUAAUAUAUCCAAUGCUGAAAAUUGGAAAGAAAAUUAAUGAAAGUGGCAUGAAUAAGCCAGAGAGGAGACUGAAGGGGCAUGGGGCUGAGGGGAGGGGAAUAUAGUCCUUAAAACUUUAUUUUAGCCUUACCUGUUUUUUUUUUUUUUUUUUUGGUUUGGUUUGGUUUUGUUUUUUUUACUUUUUACAAGGAAAAUAUGUUUAUGUAUUAGCUAUGUAAAAUUGCUCAAAAUUCAUAGUAAAAAAAUAAGCUUAGGUAAAACUUUUCCUUAUUACUCUGUGUGAAUGAGCUUUGGACUUUUUUUGCUUAGAAUAUCCAUCAUAUUGUACUUUUAUAGAUUUGUGUUCCUAUUUUGUAAACAAACCAAAAAUAAUCAAGUUACUUCACACGUGAAUGAAUGGUGUUCCCAUUCACACAGGUGAAUAUGUAUCCUCCCAUGUGAGGCUGUAAGAAGGGCCUUCAAAGAAGUUAUAUGGUCCUCUUGUGAUUCCAACUAAAGCAGGAUCAAGUGCAAGAGCAGCUGUGUGCCUGCUAAUGUGGUCUGUUUGGGCCACCAGCUAGUGCUGCAUGAAUUUACCCUUGAUUCCCUUUAUAGAUGAAUGGGACAUGUUUAACUCAGUUGUCAUAUAUGCUGGCUUAUUUGCAGAAACACUUACUAGAUGGCAAAUGGGGCUGUUUAAGUGCAGAGAAAGGUUGAUUCGGGGCUUAAAAAAACAGUACGAGAUAAAAAACCAAUACUAGUCAACAUGAGUGUGCCCACAGAGUACCUACUCACUAUAGGGGUGUACAAGUACAUUUUCUGUGGCUGCUGUAACAAAUUACCACAAACUUAGUGGCUUUAAUAACAUAUUUGUUCUGUUAUAGUUCUGGAGGUCAGAAUUCUGAAAUUAUUUUCGCUAGGUUAAGAUCAAGAUAUCAGGGCCAUGCUCCCUCAAGGAGAUCUAGGGGAGACUAUUUCCUUGCCUUUUCCAGCUUCUAGAGCUACAUUUCUUGCAUUUCUUGGCUUAAGGCCCCCUUCUUUCAUCUUCAAAGCCAGCAAGGUAGCAUUUUCAAAUCCCUUUCUGCUUUGUUGUCAUAUCACCUCCUCUUCUAUAUAGUCAAGUCUCUCUGCCUCCCUCUUAUAAUUGUGAUUACACUGAAGGCCCACCCAGAUAAUCCAGGAUAAUGUCAUCUCAAAAUCCUUAACUCGAUCACAUCUGCAAAAUUCAUUUUGUUAUAUAACACUCAUAGGUUCUGGGGAUUAGGGCCUGGAUAUCUUUGAGGGCCAUUAUACAUCCUGCCACAGAGGUGACUGUAAUGUGCUCCCCGCAUUCACCAACUUAAUGAUGAAUGAGACAUCCCUAGAUACAAAUGUGUGAAGAAUGGACCGUAGGAAUGUGGAGCAGGAGUAAAGUUUUGUGUUUUCUGUUUGCCCCGAGAAUACUCGCUGGUGACGUUUGCGCCUGCCAUUUACCCUGAGAUAACUCAUGGAUUAUAGUCUUAACCUUACCCCCGAAGUUUGCCACAAAAUAUCUCGCUUUUAUUAUUAUUUUCGCAUUGCUCUAGUGUAUCAGUAGUCUUUAGAAACAAAUAACAUCAUUCUAUUUAUAGCAUUCUGUUUUUAGUG